UCUCUCUCUCUCUGGGCUUCCACAAAUCUUGGACUGUCCCCGUUUGGGGCGGCGAUGGAAGACAGAGGGACAGAGAGACUUCUGGACCGAAUGGGAGGGAGAGAGGGCGGAGAAUCCCGGUAGAGAGACCCGCACGCAAACAGAGAGAGGGAGGGCAGGACAGGCAGGACUCCGAGUCCGGCAGGCCGUCAGCAGCGCAGGCUCUACGGUCGGUAUGUAGCAGCGGAGGGAGCUGUCUGGGACUACAGAAGCAGAGGACAACGCUUUGAGUAGACUAAAACAGCCGUGGGAUUUAAUACGAAACGUGACGAGGAUGAGACGCAAUUCGUCCACUUGAAGGAAACCAAAAACACGCCGUUAUUCCUCUGAUUUAUCACCGCUUCUUUUCGUCUUUUUGCGAAAAUGGCGAACGACUCUCCGGCUAAGAGCCUGGUGGAUAUAGACCUGGCAUCGUUGAGGGAUCCAGCUGGGAUUUUCGAGUUGGUGGAAGUAGUGGGGAAUGGCACCUAUGGACAAGUGUAUAAGGGUCGACAUGUUAAGACGGGACAGCUGGCUGCCAUCAAGGUCAUGGACGUCACAGAGGAUGAAGAGGAGGAAAUUAAGCUGGAAAUCAACAUGCUGAAGAAGUAUUCACACCACAGAAAUAUAGCCACAUACUACGGCGCUUUCAUCAAGAAAAGUCCACCGGGCCACGAUGACCAACUCUGGCUUGUCAUGGAGUUCUGUGGCGCUGGCUCAAUCACCGAUCUGGUGAAAAACACCAAAGGAAACUCACUGAAGGAGGACUGGAUCGCCUACAUCUCUAGAGAGAUCCUCAGGGGAUUAGCUCACUUACACGCUCAUCAUGUGAUCCACCGUGACAUCAAGGGACAAAACGUGCUGCUCACUGAAAACGCUGAAGUCAAACUGGUGGAUUUUGGUGUGAGCGCUCAGCUGGACCGGACGGUGGGCCGAAGGAACACCUUCAUCGGGACGCCCUAUUGGAUGGCUCCGGAGGUUAUCGCCUGUGACGAAAACCCCGACGCCACCUACGACUACAGGAGCGACCUUUGGUCCUGUGGCAUCACAGCCAUAGAGAUGGCGGAGGGAGCGCCCCCUCUGUGUGACAUGCAUCCGAUGAGAGCCCUCUUCCUCAUCCCCAGGAAUCCUCCUCCUCGACUGAAGUCCAAAAAAUGGUCGAAGAAGUUCUUCAGCUUCAUCGAGGGCUGCCUGGUGAAGAACUACACCCAGCGGCCCCCCACUGAGCAGCUGCUGAAGCACCCCUUCAUCCGGGACCAGCCCAACGAGAGGCAGGUCCGCAUCCAGCUCAAGGAUCACAUCGACAGAACCAAGAAGAAGAGGGGCGAGAAAGAUGAGACAGAGUAUGAAUACAGUGGGAGUGAAGAAGAGGAGGAGGAAGCUUCUGAGCAAGAAGGAGAGCCAAGCUCCAUAGUCAACGUUCCGGGCGAGUCGACAUUGCGCCGCGACUUCAUCCGGCUGCAGCAGGAGAACAAGGAGCGCUCCGAGGCCCUGCGCCGCCAGCAGCUCCUCCAGGAGCAGCAGCUCCGUGAGCAGGAGGAGUACAAGCGCCAGCUGCUGGCCGAGAGGCAGAAACGAAUCGAGCAGCAGAAGGAGCAGCGCAGGCGGUUGGAGGAGCAACAGCGGCGCGAGCGCGAGAUGAGGAGGCAGCAGGAGCGCGAGCAGCGCCGACGGGAGCAGGAGGAGAAGAGGCGCAUCGAGGAGAUGGAGCGCCGUCGCAAAGAGGAGGAGGAGCGAAGGAGGGCGGAGGAGGAGAAGAGGAGGGCCGACCGAGAGCAGGAGUACAUCCGGCGUCAGCUAGAGGAGGAGCAGAGGCACCUGGAGAUCCUGCAGCAGCAGCUCCUCCACGAACAGGCCAUGCUUCUUGAGUAUAAAUGGCGGGAGCUUGAGGAGCAGCGGCAGGCUCAGAAGCUCCAGAGGCAGCUGCAGCAGGAGCAGACCUACCUGCUGUCACUGCAGCAGAACCAGAACCCGGACAGUAGCAAAACAAGCCAGCAGCAGAGCGCCAAACCCCCGCAGAGCCUCGAAGCCGACAGGGUAAAGCCCCCGCAGAUGCCCGACCCGGAUGCACAAAAACAACCGCAGGGCGUUAGCAAUGAGAAGACGCGGCCCGGACCGGAGAAAACGACAGAACCCAAACUUCCUGCGGCUGAGCAACAAGGCCCCGCACCUGACUCUGAGCCGGUCAGAGAGGCCGACGAGCGGUACAGGAAGAACAUUCAGGGUUCCCCGCAGUCGGCUCAGACCAAACCCCAGCAGCCCCCAGUGCCGCCGCGCUCCGAGUCUUCGCACGCUAACGGGAACGCCGCAUCGGAGGCGCCCGCGAUGCACCGGCCUGUGGAGCCGCAGGUCCGUUCCCAUCUGGCUGCUCUCAAGAGCAGCAGCAGUGUGGCCUCGCCAAACUCAUCUGCUGCAACCCCACCCGUCAUGUCCCGGUCGCACUCCUUCACCGAGCCGCUAACACCUAGCUUUGAAAACUACCACCCACACAAAAGCCAUGAACCCCACCAACACCAUCAUCCUGCAUCCUCCUCGUCAUCGCCGUCAUUCUUACCAUCAGCGCCUGCACGCACUGAGCCACAAACCCAUCCCCAGUCCAGACCCAUGCCCCAUGAAAAGGUCCCGUCAGAAGACGGCCCGCCGAGGGUUCCCGUCAGGACAACAUCAAGGUCUCCGGUGUUGUCGAGGCGAGACUCGCCUCAUCACCAUAGCAACGCCCCACAGAGCAGGGACAUGCUCCGAAAUGCUGGCAGUUCGGCAGAGCCGCGGCUCCUGUGGGAACGCGUGGAGAAACUGGUUCCCAAAACGAGCGGUAGUAGCGGCAGCGGAGGCUCCAGUUCCUCCAGCAGCUCCAGUAACUCCAGCUCUCAGUGCGACUCUGGAGAGAGGUUCAGGGCCCGCUCUUCUUCCAAAUCGGAGGGCUCGCCCCUCCAGCGACCAGAGAAUGCUGGGAAAAAGCCAGAGGAGAGGAGGGACUUGGUCAGGCCGAACAAACCAGCGGACCUGACCGCUCUGGCCAAGGAGCUGCGUGCAGUAGACGAUGUUCGUCCCCAGAACAAGGUGACGGAUUAUUCGUCCUCCAGCGAAGACUCGGACACCACCGACGAAGACGACGACGAAGAGGUGGACCAGGAGGCAGGCGAAGAGUCGACGUCUGGCCCAGAGGACUCCAAAGCUGUCUCUUCCAAGCUGAGCAACGGCGAGACGGAGUCGGUGAAAACCAUGAUAGUCCACGACGAGGGCGAGAACGAAGCAGGAACGACUCGAUGCAAAGACAGCACGCUGGUUGUCAGACAGAGCGCAGGUGACAACAGAAAGCGCACGGCCCCCACGUCGGGCCAAACGCAGACCCUUAGCCUGCUCGCGGGCUUCCCUCCGAGCCCCGGCUCGGCGCCUGCGCAGGGACUCAUCUUCCACACCCCCAGCCCCCCACACCAACACCACCACCACCAUCACCACCACCAUCACCCCACGCAGCACCCUGACCGGAACGGCUUUGCCGGCCGCAUCCAUCACCUCCCAGACCUGAUCCAGCAGAGCCACCACUCCUCCCCUUCCUCCUCUGCAUCCAGCUCCCCUUCUUCUUCCAGCCUUGCCAGUCCCUCCGCCAUGUCCCCCCAGAGCCCGCUGGAGAAGCUCGGCAUUCUGGCAGAGAGCCAGUCGAGUAACAACAUGCAGAAACACAAGUCCUCUUCGUCUUUCACGCCGUUCAUUGACCCACGCCUCCUCCAAGUGUCUCCAUCGACUGGCAGCGCCCUCAACAAUGUCGGCUACGCGAACGACGCCCGGCUGGCGGAGGCGCUGAGGGCCGACCCGUCCCGGAAAGGCUCUGUGGUCAACGUCAACCCGGUCAACACCCGCCCUCAGAGCGACACGCCGGAGAUCCGCAAGUACAAGAAGAGGUUCAACUCCGAGAUCCUGUGUGCCGCACUUUGGGGCGUGAACCUGUUGGUGGGAACAGAGAGCGGCCUGAUGCUGCUGGAUCGCAGCGGUCAGGGGAAAGUUUACCCUCUGAUCAACCGGCGGCGCUUCCAGCAGAUGGACGUCCUCGAGGGACUCAACGUCCUCGUCACUAUAUCAGGUAAAAAGAACAAGCUGCGUGUCUACUACCUAUCCUGGCUGAGGAACAAGAUCCUUCACAACGACCCUGAGGUGGAGAAGAAACAGGGCUGGACCACCGUAGGGGAUCUGGAAGGCUGUGUUCACUACAAAGUUGUAAAAUAUGAGAGGAUCAAGUUCUUGGUUCUGGCUCUGAAGAACUCGGUGGAGGUCUACGCCUGGGCGCCCAAACCCUACCAUAAGUUCAUGGCCUUCAAGUCUUUCGGUGACCUGGUGCACAAGCCCCUGCUGGUUGACCUCACUGUGGAGGAAGGGCAAAGGUUAAAGGUCAUCUACGGCUCCUGCUCAGGCUUCCACGCCGUCGACGUCGACUCCGGUGCGGUCUACGACAUCUACCUGCCAACCCACAUCCAGAACAACAUACAGUCUCACGCCAUCAUCAUCCUCCCCAACACCGACGGCAUCGAGCUGCUGGUGUGCUACGAGGACGAGGGGGUUUACGUCAACACCUACGGGCGCAUCACCAAGGACGUGGUGCUGCAGUGGGGGGAGAUGCCCACCUCAGUGGCCUACAUUCGCUCCAACCAGAUCAUGGGCUGGGGCGAGAAGGCCAUAGAGAUCCGCUCAGUGGAGACUGGUCACCUGGAUGGAGUCUUUAUGCAUAAGAGAGCCCAGAGACUCAAGUUCCUCUGCGAAAGAAACGAUAAGGUGUUCUUCGCCUCCGUUCGGCCCGGAGGCUCCAGCCAGGUCUACUUCAUGACUCUGGGCCGAAGCAACCUUCUCAGCUGGUAGAGGUCCACGCCCUGCCCUACAGUUUUUUCUCCUCCUUCUCCUCAUCCUUCGCAUCGUCCCGCCCUCACACCUCGCUAACACUGGAUCUCAGAACCCACCUAUGAUGUUUCUGUCAAUCCUCGGGACAAACAGCCGGCUUGAGACCCCAUCGGCGCGGUCCACGGCGUCAACCUCACCCCGUUUUCUUCCCCCGUGCUUCCGGGGAGGGGCCUCAACCUGGCGACGCGGCGACGAGCCCGAGAAACCAAAAGGUCGCCGCUUUCCUCAGAAAUACCGGAAGCGACGACUUGCUUGCAGAAGUAAAACCAAUAGCUUACAUGUUAAAGGAGGUAGAAAUUAAAACAAAUGUGAAUUUAAUAAAAGAGGACAGACGACGUUGUGUGCUUUUCCUCUCAGCCUGUCUUGGUGCUUGUCAUGUUACGAUGGGAUCGUUGAACUUCCACUUCCGUUUCCGUGCUCUCGAGUCGGUUCAGUAACAUCGAUGUCUUUCAAACUAGGAGCUCAGCGAACGCUACUCUCUCCUCUACUGCUACUACUUUCCGCAGGUCUGCCUCUUGGAAGGGAGUUCGUCUUAUUUACGCGACGGCGGUGUGUGUAUGGAAGCAGGUUCUGGGUCAGACAAGCACGCGGGUGAGAUCAGGUGUUUUUAGCUGGGGGCGCGCGCGACGAUGUUGCUUUAAACAAACAAACAAAAAAAAAAAAAAAAUAGGAUGACGGAGAGAGAAAGGACCAGUCAGGCAGGUGGGUUUCAAAUUAGUAUUUUAUGAAUUCUUCUAGAGAGGUGUAACAGAGCGGCGUUAAACGCGUCUUUAAGCUUUUGUUUUCCAUUCAUGCAGCAUUCAGCCGCGAGAAGAAGGCGAUAAAAUCCGCCCGCCUGAAACUCCACUUGAGGAACUUGAACUGCUGUGAGUAGCUAUUCCAUGAGUAACUUUAGAAAAAUAACUAAAAAUGAAACGAAAAAAGGUGGGGGUGUUUAUGAGCUGAUGAUGUUAGAAGAACGCUCAGCAUGUGUGGGCAAGUAUGUGUGGUCGGAGAGUUCGGUGUUGUCGGCGAGUUGAAUUUCCAGAGAGGCAGACGCAUGAUUCAGCAGGUUUCGUUUCAGGUGCGGGAGGCGGACUUCUUUCUUCCAAUUUCUCCCUCCUCCCCCCUUCUCUCGGCUCGUUUCACCUUCCAUCGAUUAUUAUUAUUAUUAUUUAUAUGUACUCGAUGCACUAAGUGUCCAGAAUGUAGAGAGACUUCUUACUGUGUGGUGGUCCAAGGCAUGAGAUGAUGUUUCGCUUUGUAUCUUUGUCACAAGUGGUCGAUUCUAGGUGUUUCAAUUUCAAGUUUUAAGUGAAUAAAAGCUGCAGCAGCAGAGCCUCUGCGUCAGGUGUGGAGAUGCUUUUGUUGUCUGAAACCAUGGCAACGCCCCUUAACCCCCAUCCCGGCGUUUCAGAGCCGAGGAGCGUGUUCUGGGGUCCUGAGAGCCCUGCUUGCUUUAACUUGAGGACUGAAACUUUGUCGUUCUGAAACUAACACGUUGGACUUCAGUAUUACCGUGAUGAAGUGUCCCCAACCUGGCAACACGGAGCAGAGCUUCUUCUUUUCCUCCUCAUUUCAACAAAAGCAGGCGAUGUUUUCUGUGCAUUUGCAUCUCGACGAAUCAGAAUAUCAUCCAAAUUUUCCUUCGUUUUCAUAAUACAGAGAAGUAGAGUCAUGUUUUAAGGCGUCUAUUUCUCUCAUUUUGGAUCAUUGCUGCAAAUGGAAACCUAAAACCAGCCAUCGGAUUACAUGGCUCCCCAAACGUUUCCACUGACCUUAAAACUGCACAAAUUGGCAUUCCGAAAAUAAAUUAGCUGAAAAGGUUUUUGCAAGUUGUCUCCCCACUCCUACUGUAUUGAAAUUAGUGUAUGUUAUAAAAGUGCAAUGCCAGCAACAGAUUUUUCAAAUCACACAAGUGAUUUGAAAAAAAAUCACUCGUGUGAUUCAACAAUCGGAUGUUACUACUGACGGAAAACACAAAGAAGCCGACAGGAAGUGAUUGGAGGACGAUGUUUUUUGUUGACUCCUCACAUUGACAAACUAAUGCUCUUGUGAUUUUAAUUUCUAUUCUUAUUGAAUAGAAACACAGCAAUUGCAAAAUUGUCUUUAUUUGACAUUGGCUGAAUAUCAACAAAGUUUUGCGCACAUUUGUAACGGAAACGCAGCAACUGAAUAUGGAAACUUCUCACUAGACCUCAGGCAGAUUAGAUUCUGUGCAUUUCCACUUCUGCACUAGAUUCUUCAGACCUUGGUUUCCAAAUGAAAGGCAAAACUUAAUUUCAUCUGGAAAGCGGACUUUGUCAGCCCAGUCCUUUUUUCUCAUUAAUCCAGAUAAGGCACAUCUGUCUCUGGUUUCGAAGUGACGUCCAGAUCUGCUCCUCCUUAAUCUGCCCCAAACUCUUGGAGGGUUUUGGUGCACCAUCCUCUACUCACGCUUCUUGUCCAUUUUGUUUUCUACCACACAUUUUCAGUCCGUUGUUAUUCUUGGAUAAAUCUCCUUUAGCUUUUUGGCACACCUCCUAUCUGGAUGGCGUUGAUGAUAUAUUUGUGUGUCCAAAAAAAAAAAAAAUCCCUUUUACUGAGAAGCUGAUUUCUGGGUUUUCAUUGGCUGCAAGGCGCCACCAUCAAAAUUACUGAAUUAAUCUGUUUUAAUCAACAUGCAAGUUGCACUAUUCACUAUAAAUGUCGAAAUAAACAAACUUUCCAGAGAUAUUCUGAUCAGUAGAGAUGCUCCUGUUUUCUUUUCACCCUAAACCUGCUUUAGAUUUCAGACGUCUGUAUGUUCAACGAGCUGCGGCGUUGAUCUCCUUCAUCCGGUCCAGCUGGAUUUACCUCCAUUUCCACAAACUUGUUUUUUUUUUAAGAGUUGCACAUUUCUGUUUAAAAAAAAGAAGAAGAAGAAGAAGAAAGAGGGGAGGACCGAAGAGAAUCCCAUUUGUGCUCUGACUUCGUGCCCCAACAUGUUUUCAUCAGGAUGCAAACAAGAUUCUCUUGCGUGUGUUUCCCCUCUCCCCUCCUGACAACAACAAUUACACACACACACACACACACACUGCCACGCCUACAGGCUCUUGUCGGUCACGUAGCUCAUGUCCCAAACCCUUCGCUCCAAAAGUUAACGGAGAGGCUGUUGUCUGACGUUUGCAGUAGUAUCCGCCAUGUUUGCUUUACUGCAUUAAAGGCCACCGGAAAGUGGCUGACUUUGUGAAAAUAAUGUGAUUAUUAUGACUAUUAAUAAUGGGUUAAAUAAAAGGCGAAUAAUGUGAUUUCUGCCGGUGGGGGCGGGGGAAGACAAAGCAAUCCGCUUGCAGGUUAAAGUUGGAACAAGUGCCAAGAGGGCAGCAUUUAAAGCGUGUGAAGCUAUUGUUAUUGAAAAACCACUUCCUGAAUAUUCUUUUUAAAAAUUAAAACAAACACACACACACACACACACACAAAAAUCACUUGAAGCAUUGUGUAUUCUUAAGUUUUAGAGAUAGUUAAGAAACGUACUGGUUUUUUGUUGUUUCUGCAAGUCUAUGUACACGUAAAUAUGCGACUGCGGUGGUUGAAUAUUAUUACACUCACCUUAGGUGGAAAAAAAAUGUUUACAGAGGCAAUGUUUCGUUACAUUAAUGUGUGCAUCACGGUAUUUAUGUUUCCUUUACACUUUGGUUCUGCUUUUUUGAGCCUGUUUUUUUUUUUUCCUUUCUAAUUGGAUAUUUAUUGUUUUCUAUCAUCUCCCCACUAAACCACCUGCAACGGAAACAAUAACGAACACAUGGUUGUUCUUUUCAGGUAUUCACGCCACGCUACUUGACCACUUUGACAUUGCAGUAACGUUCCCUGCAGGCUUGGAUGUGAGGCGAUGUGUUUUCCUCCGUUUCUGCCAUGCUUCUCUAACUUAUGUCCUCUCUGUGUAUGACAGGAAGUCGUGUAGUUUCCUGAUUUUUUUUGUUUUGUUUUGUUUUUGUUUUCUUUGAAUAAACUUUAAAAGUAA